GAAGCACGUCUCCUCGUUGAUAGCCUGGCUCCUCAUCAAUAGCCUAGCUCCUCAAUGAUCACGUGCACGUCUGAUUGCCUAUUACUCUAGAGUCCUUAGUGAUUCAGCACAACUAUAAGCCUUCCACUCAUUAGUCAAUCACUAGGCAUUGCCUACCUGGCGCUGGUUUACUGAUGGCUUGUAUUUCUACAGCGUCCACUCUUACGCAGUACCGUGGUUUGCAUGCCACGCAAGCACGCCUUGAAGCAUGGGACCUGAUUUGGUACAACACGAUCCCACACUCAGCACACGGCCAAAGCGAUCAGCAACGCGAAAAGUCUGCUUCGCCAAAGCCACGCGAAGUCCAACAGGCACCGGCCCCGAAGCGGAAACGAUCAGAAACACUGCAUGGUGAAGAGACCAAUUUGAUUGACCUGACAUCACCAGAGAAACCGAAGACCAGCACUAGGGAGGAAGUCAUCGACUUAACAUCCCCGAAGAAGCGCGCGAGAAAGGUCGAUCCUGUCCAAACGACAAGGAACAAGGAUAUCAAGGGUCGAUGUUCUCUCGUCUUAUAUGACGAUGUCGCGUUCAGGGAAAAGCUUAUUUACGACACCUUCGCACACCUCCGUCAGAUGCGUCCUGACUUGCUCCCUUGGAAAUGGUACGAGACCAUCUGGACAACGAACAAGCCACACAAAGAUGGCAGCCUAUUUGGCGCAUGCAUGUUUGCCCAGGCCAAACCAGAGAAGGCAUACGAUGCCUCGAAGAAGGUGCUGGUCGAGGCGGACGUUUAUUACCUUCAUUGGUUCUGCAGCACUGGUUGCUCGGAGCGGCAUCAAAUCAAGAUGCGGACGAGGCCGGCAACGCUCCUAGGGGCCGGUCCGAUCGACCAAGCUACUGGACACAGUAAUUGAAAGAAGAAAUUGACACCACAGCGCUCUGCUCCAACUCCACUUGUCAAGAUGUCAGGCACUCUCGUGCCCCGAGCCGAGAUCAGACCCGAGCAACCGGACGUGCAUCAGCGUUGAGGGAAGUGCUCUUAAGUGCAAGUGUGAAGU